ACACCACAUACUCCUGUUGUUCAGUCUGUUUUCUUGCUAGAGGACUGUGUCAGUAGCACAGAAUAUACAUUUGCUGAACAUUGCCUUUAUGUGUAAAGUCUCAUGGCAUCAUUUGAUUUCGUCAGAGACAAAUUAACUGAGUGGAACCUCAGUGACUUGAUUCAGAGGUUUGAAGAUGAAGAAAUUGAUGAAGAAAGUUUCCUCUUCCUUAAGGAGAAAGACUUCAUCAACUUGAUUCCAAAAAUAGGACCAAGGUCUGCAUUUAGAAACAAACACAAAGAAUUUCUCAAGAAACAGAAUCAACCCGAUGAUGAUAAGAACAUUCAAGCGGCCACGUGGUCAUCAGUAUCCAUUAAGGCCUCCAAGAGUUCCUCACAAAAUGUUACUGGUGAGAUGGUCAAUCAAGAGUCUUGUCAAAAGGCCAUCAUAAAACACAGAAAUCAAACUCCUAAACGAUCAGAGACUAAAAGGUCAUUGGAUAAACUCUUUGGUACACUUGGAGGAAGUGUGCCCACACUGAACACCUCUGGAGUGGGGGAAACAGUGUAUGACCAGAGUGAACCCUCAACCAGUAAAACACGCCCUCUUCAAGUGAAUAUCCCAGGCAAAAGGAAAUCUGAUGAGACCGAUGCAAACAAACAAACAAAGAAACGACAACGUGUUGCUGCGUCCAGAAUAACUGAAACAUUUGGUAGGUGGAUGAAGGUGUUUAUAUGA